CUGGGACUAUCUUAACAAUCUUCAGUAAGACUAAGAUAUCAAAGAGCUAUGGCAUCCCUCGGGCAGAUAAUCUUUUGGUGCUUGAUGGUCAGUAUUUUUGUUACUGCUGGACUCCUCGUCUUCAUUUUGUCAGUGUCAUUUUCAGUUAAGGGUUCCCAGGUAUCCCAGGACAUUGUGGACAGCAGUGACAAAUGGCCCAUCGGGAACCUGGGAGAGGAUGUCAUUCUAAGCUGUAGAUUCAGGACUUCCACUAGCGACAUGGAAUUGACCAGUCGUGUCUCAAUCAUCUGGAAUAUGGAGGGGCGAAGUGAGGUGGUUUAUGAAUAUGAUAAAGGGACAGUCCAGCUGACAGGGCAGGACCCCCGGUUUAAAAAGAGAACACUGCUGUUCUCAGACGCCAUAGGUAGCGGUAAUGCCUCCCUGUUGCUGAGAAACGUGAACCUGAGAGACAGUGGGGUGUACCAAUGCAGUGUGACUGCCCCCAGAGGCUCAGGGACUGCCAUUGUUAACCUCAGAGUUGCAGCUUACUCCGCCCCAACGUUGGAGCUGAUGAACACCACCCUGACUGCAGUGGCUGCCAGAUGGUUCCCCAAACCAAAUGUCACCUGGUUGAAUGCCAAUGACACAGUCCUGAACAAAAGUAUCACUAGUUUCUUCAACGACUCCAUCGGGAUAAACAAACUAAUCAGCUCGCUGCAAGUCACACAGUUGGGAAAUUACACCUGCAUCAUCCAAAACCAGUUGGUGAAGGCUGUCUCCCUAGCAACCAUCACAGAUAAUGAGACAUCCUCCAGGACAUCCUUCUCUUUUGUUGCCGCUGUGGCACCACGUGUGCUACUUCCUGAAUGGCAUGUGAUUGGUGCUACCGCUAGUGUCUCUCUCUGGAUCUACCUGUGAACCUGAUGAACACGCAUGCAGUCCACAGAAAAUGCUCCCAACAUAGUUUCCAUUUUUACUCACAUUAUCGCGGUUUGCGUGAACUGGCAUGGAGACUCCUCACUAGCCUUGGGCUCCCUGGAGUCUGAUGUGUUGGAUUAAGAAGUGGCAACAAACUGUGUGUGUGUGUGUGUGUGUGUGAGAGAGAGAGAGCUCCAGGACAGUGUGUACCAAUGGGUCACCACAAAAAUUGUGAAACCAGACAAAUCUGUCUCUGGUUCACACUAGGAAAAAUGUGAUGUCCGGCAUCAAGUUUCAGUUUAGGGUCAAACUUAGGGUUUCAUUUUGAACCUUUAUUUAUACAGAUAAACAACUGAGAUCCAGGUAUCUUUCACUGUUGAGCUCUGUAAUACAGCAAUAAAAACACAUAUUCAAGGAAAAUAUCAAGUACACACGCUAGAUAAAUGAUCAUACUUGUGAGUAAAUAAUGAAUUUAUCUGACAUUUAAAUAACACUGGAAGUGUUCCAUGAGAGUGCGGUAUGGUAUUCAAAAGCAGUUUUACCCAGUUCAGAUUAAGCCCCUGGUAUCCCCAAGACUAGCCCGCCUUGAGUGUGUUUGAUUAUUGCUGUUUUUUCCAUACAUUUUCCAGGGUCAGGUGGUUAUAUAAAAACACUGACCAAUGCCUGACCCUUCUCGAGGUCAGAGAGACCCAGCCAACCGAAGUAUAUACGAGACAACAUUGUGUGAGAAAAGAACAAUCGGAGUAAGUUUCUUGCUCAAGGCAACGAUAACCGAUUGACCAUUCGACUGCCCACAUUUCUUUUUUAUGUGUUCACCAAGAAUAUAUUAAACUUGGAAUUAUUUACAAUGAAAAUGUGGGAAUUUGAGC